AUGAGACUCCACUCACCAGUUCCACUAUUGAUUCCCCGUGAAAGUACACAGCACUGCAAGAUCAACGAAUAUGAUAUUCUCCCUGGCACUAGUGUCAUCAUCAAUGCAUGGGCCAUUGGCAGGGACCCGGAAUCGUGGGACAGCCCAGAUGAAUUCUUGCUAGAACGAUUCAUGAAUAGCUCAAUAGAUUACAAAGGGAAAGAUUUCGAGCUCGUACCAUUUGGAGUAGGCCGAAGGGGCUGCCCUGGGCUUCAUUUUUCAGCUCCAACCAUGGAACUUGCCUUAGCAACUCUUAUCUACUGUUUUGAUUGGAAAAUGCCUGUUGGAAUGAGCAAGGAUGACAUGGAUAUGACCGAGGCAUCUGGCCUUAUAUCACUCCCAAAAUCCAAUCUUCUCCUCGUACCAACUAAACAUGACUAUGCUUCUAUCAGCUAA